CAGCAGCUUUUGGACUACACCAGUCAAUUCUACAACAAAACACAGGUUGCACCACAGAUCCAGAGUCGCACGCAUACACGAUGGGUUUCACCGACUUCGUCUCCGACGCAGGCCUCACCAUCCUUGACAACUGGGUCAAGACUCGCUCAUACAUUAUCGGAUACGGCCCAUCUCAAGCAGAUGUGAAGGUCUUCCAGGCUAUGAAGGAGGGACCAAAGGUCGAGAAGUUCCCACACGCCUACCGAUGGUACAAGCACAUCUCCACUUUCGAGUCAGAGUUCUCUCAGCUCCCAGGUGACCCAAGCAAGGCUCCCACCGCCUACGGUCCAGAGUCCAGCGAGCUCACCCUCAACCCUGCAAAAGCACCGGAGAAGGCUGCUGAGGAGGACGACGAUGACGUCGACCUUUUCGGUUCCGAUGAUGAGGAGGAGGAUGCAGAGGCUGCCCGUGUCCGAGAAGAGAGAUUGGCCGAGUACAAGAAGAAGAAGGAGGGCAAGACUAAGCCAGCUGCCAAGUCUGUCGUCACACUCGAUGUCAAGCCAUGGGACGACGAGACAGACAUGAAGGCUCUCGAGGCGUCCGUGCGCAGCAUCGAGAAGGAUGGCCUUGUUUGGGGUGCAUCCAAGCUCGUCGCUGUUGGUUUCGGUAUCAAGAAGCUCCAGAUCAACCUGGUCGUUGAGGACGAGAAGAUUUCUCUCGAUGAGCUCCAGGAGGAGAUUGAGGGCUUCGAGGACUAUGUCCAGUCCUCUGAUGUUGCCGCUAUGCAGAAGUUGUAGAUGGCAGCAUUUAGCUGCGCGGGCAUAGAUUCUCUGGCUGUGAUAAUGGCAGCUUGUGCUCGGUUUUUGACGGCGGAAUUGCUGGCUUCAUGGCUUGAUGUUUUACGACGCAUAGACAGUGAUACCACCAAAAGCAAGGGGCAUGCAGCUUGCAUAUGAAUGACCGGCAAUCACUGGUAGAUGCAUUAUACUAGGUACCAUGAAAUACUCAUUCCAAUCGGAGUUCGUUGCUUCG